GUUUCCCUAAAAUUGACAGUCUGGUCCAUGUUUUGCGGGGGGUGGCAGAGAGAUUGUGAGUUAGCUACUGCAAAAGCAAAGCAAGAAGGAAGUCUAGAGCCCAUGUCAUCCUCAUAAAGACCUGUAAAGUAAGGAGACCCAAAACAUUCCGAUUUGUCAUAGUUACUUUAUUUUUGCGUUAAUUUGUAAGUAUUAUGUUUAUAUGUCCUCCAAAGACCCAGCAAUUAAUUUUUGUCCCCUGUAGGGGACAUGCGGCUCUGGUGUUAAUCUCAAGAACCAUAUGCUACUAUUCAGAAAUUCACACUACAAGGGACAUUCAAUGAAUUAUGCUUUUGAAAAUAUUUUCCCUCCAACAUAUUUUUGUCAUCCAAGACGCUUGUAUUAUGUCAGAAAAAAUAUGAAAAUGCUUUUCUCCCGAUUCUCAGGAGGAUAUUACCUGCAAAUCAAAUCAAAUCCCCCUGAACACAGUGCUGUAGGGCUAUGUUGUGUGCAUACUGGUGUUAAAUAUGUCAUUCCCAUGUACUAUUUAAAAGUUGUGCUAUUUUUGUCACCAAUCUUUUUGCUAAAAGCUAAAAAAAAAAAGAAGAAACUAUCACCUAACUCCUAACUGGUUGAGGCGCUGAGUUGAGGGGUAAAUUAAAGUAAAGCUUGGAACAUUCAUAAGGUUUGACACACAUACUGUGAAAAAUUAAAGUUGUAUGGUGUGUGUUGGAGUUUUGCGAGUGUUGCAAGCUUUACUUUACUGUUUUUUCUCAAGCCAACGUUCCCCUGUAACCACUGGCUUCUUCAAACCACACCAGAAAUUUUUACUUUUACCACAUGAUUUAGUGCUGGUUUCCCUUUCCUCCUUUUACUGCCGUGUAUGCUUUGUAUGCGACUGAAAUAUAUGAAAAUGGUAUAACUUCAGUUCGCAUUUUUGUGAGCGUUUUGUAUCUGAAAGUCUACUAGCAGAUGACACACAUUGGUAAUUUAGCUAAAACAGUGCAGUGCUGUGUUUUUGGCAGUGCAUGAAUGCAUUCCAGCAGCUUGUUUCCAAUAUCAUUGGACUAAAAUAUGCCGAGUAUGCCGGCGGUAAACAAGACGCCUAUUCUGCUGCGUUAUGGGAUAGAAAUUGGAGGCAGUGACAAUUUGGGCGUCUUCAGCCAGAGCAACAUGCCCACCUCACCCAGUGUGAUGGGAACCAUAUCCUCACCCAGACAAGGUACAGAUGCCCAGCCUGUAUCACCGACAGCAGCUGUCCUUCCCCAGCCGAAAAGCACUCUAGAGGCCUUGGAACAGCGAAUGACCAAGUACAAGGAGGCUUACGCUCAGGCUAGAGCCAAUGGGGAUGACCGCAAGGCCAGAAUGCACGAGCGCAUAGCCAAGCAAUACCAAGGUGCCAUCCGAGCUCACGAAGCCGGGAGAGCCGUAAACCUGGAAGAGCUACCUGUCCCCCCUGGCUUUCCUCCAAUCCAUGGGCAGGAGAGGGAGAGAAGUGAACAGGACUUUUCUGGAAUGUUAGACGCUGCCAACAAAUUGGCUAUGGAAGAGGGCAAAGGGGAUGAAGAUAAGGAACAGUUACAUGUGAAGAAGCCAUCGGUCAAACAAAAGCCCAGGAAGCCGAUGAUUGCAGUGUGUCCUAUAGCACAUGACAGCGCUCAGUCAGCAAAGCAGUCCUGCAUGGCCAUCCCAUGCCAAUCAGACACAAAGCACAGCCGGGGGGAAGGACUGUCUUCCCAAGCCCAUCAGCAGCUUGACUUUGUGGAUGGCCACAGGAAGCAGACCGUGAAGGUGGGAGUGCAGGCCAAGCAGAAGGAUGACCUGGAGCAGGACAGGCAUUGCAUACACACUGUCAGUGGGAAUAUCGCUGAUGUCACAAAGGAGGCUCUGUCAUUGGUGCCAUUUCUUCCCACAGAUGAAGAUGAUGAUUUUGUCAUGAUUAAUCAUACUGACGUCCAAAUCUCUCAGAGGGCUGACCAGGUAUAUUCUCAGCUGUCCACGCUGCUGAAGGAACAGUAUGAGAAAUGUGCAAAUUAUUCCAGGCAGUUCUCCCAUCUAGGAAACAUCACAGAGACCAUAAAGUUUGAGAAAAUGGCGGAGAGCUGUAAGAAAAACAUGGAGACCCUGGAGCAGUCACAGGCACAGGGGCGGGACCCCCCAAAACACUGCUUUGAGAAGAGGACCUACAGGAUCACCAGGAUCUUUCCAGAACUCAGCAGCACGGAGUUGGUGGUGACCAUUGUGAAAGGGAUGAAUCUUCCAGCCCCUCAAGGUCUGUCAGCUCAACAGCUUAAUGCCUUUGUCAAAUUUGAGUUCCCAUACCCCAGCUCUGAACAACCCCAAAGCCAUAAAACCACAGCCAUCCAGAAAACCAGCAGUCCAGAGUUCAAUCAGAGCUUCACACUGACCAUCAACAGGAACCACAGGGGCCUCCGGAGGGUCAUCCAGUCCAAGGGACUCAAACUGGAGGUGGUGCACAAAGGGGGCUUCUUGAGGAGAGACAAGCCUGUGGGCUGUGCACUCCUGAAGUUGGGCAAACUGGAGACGGAGAGCGAAAUGCGAGACAUAAUUGAGAUCACUGAGGGGCGGAAGACCACGGGGGGGCGUCUGGAGGUUCGAGUGCGGCUACGAGAGCCGUUGAGUGCACAGGACCUGCAGACCACCACAGAGCACUGGCUGGUCCUAGAGCAACCCCAGGUUCUAUAAAUGACUUUUUGAAAGGUGUCUCGCAAGAUGGAAGGACGCCUGGUCACUCAAAAACAGUAAUAGGAAAGUAACAGGAGACUUGGAGGACUCACUGAAUGUUAAUGCUGUUGGAGCUGCCCUGGUUCUUGCAUUGGGACAUAAUGUGUAAUGAAUGCAUCCCCUCAUUGUGCCUGUACAUAGAAAGAUGCUCAUAUAUAGUUCACAACUCUAUGAAAAGGUGUCUCCCUGACAUUUUGAAAGCAGGUCAAGAGAGCAUGCGUUACAUUUUAUUGUUCCAUUAAGCACUUACCUGUACAUUCCAAAACAAAUUCCCAUGAAUACCUUACUACAUUGCUAUGUAUGGUAUUUUUGUGUAUCAUUUAUUUCCUACAGUAUAUUCAGCUGAAAUGAUACGAAAUAUACUAAAACUCAUAUGUUCAACUGAAAUGUAAUGCUGUCUUAGUAUUAGGCAAUGUAAAUGUAUGAACCUGAACCAUUGUAAGUGAACACAACAUUUUUACGAUGUUUACUUGCCAAACUGGCAAAAUGAAAGCACUGGCUGAAAAAUGUAUGCCUAUAAGUACAUGUUAGUGUAACACACUCUGAUGGACUACGGUUGUAAUUUUGCUCUAGUUCUAGUGUUGUUUUCUCACCAUGUUUAAAGCACUUUUGAAUGUGGCUUUGGAUAAAAGCAUUUGCCAAAUUACUAAAUUGUGAUCUUCUAUACUUUCCUCUCUCAUUUUCCUCUCAGUCAUCACCUCCUCUACCCAUUUCUACAGUCUCUGCAUGCUGCAUUCUCCAUAACUCUCUGCCUCCAUCCUCGCCACCAGUGUCACUACCUUCUGUAUCACUGGGCCUUCAUUGCGAUAUUGUACUUUUGUAUCCUGCAAGUAACACAAUGUCUCCACUUUUGCCCUGGAUAAGAGCGUCUGCUAAGUCAAUGCAAUGUAAUGUAAGUUUUUUUCCACACCACUGAGCAGCUCAACAACUUGUUAUAUUCUAGCCUAUUUACUGUAUAAUAACCCUAUUUGCAGUUGCCUUGUCUUUUAUGAGUCACAAUUUAAACCAAUAUAACGAAAUGAUAAUCUGCACUGGAUGGGUUCUGUCUGUUUUGUGUAGCGUAGCCAACACUACUGAAGACGCUGCCAGAUGUCAGUGAAAUGGAUUAAUGUGCUAAACUGGGAUGAAAUGCUGCAAUAUUUUGAUGUGGAAAGCUGCCCGUAAGCUACCUGUUAAACUAAACUAUUUGGACAUUUAAUGACUAAUUCUCAUCUAAAUUUACCCUUCAUGGAAAUUUCUAAUGAACUACUCUUUUCAAAUAUAAUAUUUUAAAGCUGAAUGGUUUUCCUUUUACUUAUAUAAUGAAGUAAAAUGUUUCUGUUUGAAUCAUUUAUUUUAAAUAUGUAACAAUCACAGUAACGAUCUACAAUGGGACUGAGACGGACUUAAUAUUUGUGGUCUCAGAAGAAAUUUAAUCAGCAGCGAGAAUGACUCAUGAGUCAUGGAAAAUGUAAUAACAACAAAAUGUAAUAAACAUCAAUAUAGCGUC